UACGUCUACCAUCAACUGAAAAUCCGAAUUAAAGCAGUAGUGGUGGGUCGGGUUCAGUUUCACUUGUAGUAUCAUCGCGGUUUCAAUAUUUACUGAAAGUAUCCGUGCACCCAUUGACUUAUUAAACUUUUAAAUUUCUUUUCUGUCUGCGAUUCUUUCGGUCGUGCAAACAUGCCGUCUGCGGAAUUCGUUAAGCAGUCCCUGAUGUCAAACAUGACGGAAAUGCCAACGGUCCAACUAGGAAAUUACACGUUGCAAGUGGAAUUGAAAGAACCCAAUUCGAAAGUCCAAGAAAUUGCCCGGAAAGAACUUCGAGAAACUCCGGAGGUUGCGCAAGCGGCAAUUAAAGAACUAAGGGAACUUUUAAAAGAAGAGAAAGAUCUGUAUGUCCCACUAGAAAACGACCUCUACUUAACCAGAUUCUUGAGGCCUACGAAGUUUUACCCCGAAAGUGCUAGGGACUUGAUCAAGCGAUACUACGCCUUCAAACAAAAACACGCGAACAUGUUCGACGGUUUAACGCCGAACAAGGAACGCAACAUAUUCGAACAAAAUAUUUUAACGGUGCAACCCAACAGGGAUCAGUUCGGCAGACGGAUAUUGGUUAUUGAAUUGGGAUCCAAAUGGAAAACUGACAAGGUGACUUUAGACGAGGUGUUUAAGGGCUGCGUGCUAUUCCUGGAGACGGCCAUGUUAGAACCCGAAACUCAGGUGUGCGGAGCGGUGGUGAUUUUCGACAUGAACGGCCUCUCUUUGUCUCAAACCACCAAGUUUACGCCAUCCUUUGCAGCGAGAAUCGUUGAAUGGCUACAAGACAGCGUGCCACUUAGGAUAAAGAACAUCCAUGUGGUAAACCAGCCGUACAUUUUCAAAAUGGUGUUCGCCCUAUUCAAGCCAUUCUUAAGGGAAAAACUUCGCAGUCGUAUUAUUUUCCACGGUACUAACAGGAAGUCGUUGCACGAGUACGUGGACCCCAGUGCUUUACCUGAAUGGUACGGGGGUACUUUGGAUGUCCCGAUGAUUAGCGGACCCCAAUGGUUGCAGCUUUUAGAAAAGUGCGAGGCAGAGUUUGAAGCAAUCAACUCCUACGGUUAUAAGAAGAAGGUGACAAAGUAGACAGUACCACCAGGAAAGUGCCCAUAUAUGUAGAUAAGUGUAUGAUUUUAUAAGUCUAGAAAGUAAUUGUUUUAAUAUUUUAAAAAUUUUUAUUUUAUAUUUUGUUUAUUUGCCAAUUCGAUGUUUGUUGUUAAAGUUGCUUGAUUUGUAGUUAAAUGUAGCAAAUACAAGACUGUUCUUAAU